UAUAUUAACGUUCAUGUUCAUACUUAAUACGCAUUGUAGAAAUAGUUCGUUAACAGGUUAUGCCCCUGUAUAUAUAUUUAUUAACUCGUAGUAUUAACAUUGUCUGCUGGACUGUAGGUCAACGCCGCCGCCAUAUUGGUGAGGGCAAAAGCCAACUAUAAAGAGAUACGAACAAAUGGUGGAGCUGCAGUUUUCUGGAUAAACAUUGGUUUCAUUUCUCAACUGAUUUCAAUACUUUUCUAUUUACAUGGAGAACAGAAAGUUUUGGCUCCAGUUAUAGAUGGUUAGAGAUGAAAACGUAUUAAUUGUCAUACGGAACUGUUAAAAGUCUGGCUUAUCAAGCAAUCAUUUAGGCGCCAUUGACGUAUUGCAGCGGGGCAAACGUGGUGUAUAGGCAUUUAUAUAAAUUGUUAGGCCUAUGCCUACCUAAUUAAUGUUGCUAUAAGGGCUAGUCGCCAUCUUGUCCGUGACGUCAAAUGACGCGUCUCCCUGAAGUCGGGGUUAAUCAAUCUGCCCCUAGCUCAGAGUUCGGAUAACCGACUUUGUUUGCCGUUCCAUUACUUCCGGGAUUGAGGUCGGCAAGAUCCGAAAUGCAGCAUUAAUCCUUGGUGUUUCGAGUUUAAUGAUACCCAUACCCUAAUCCACACCCUUAACCUAACCAUGUAGACUACAUAUGGUCCUUCAACGUGACAAAAACAGGACCACAUGAUGUCAUCUGACUCGAAAAAACAAAGAUUUAGUGAAAGCCUUGUGGUUUAUAGUGUCAUCUUGCCCAUCCAAUAUUGCGGAGAAGUAUCGUAGCAACGGGCCAGAGCGCUCGCUCACAUCGAUUGCCUGAAUUGUCCUUGGGGUUGCAAAGGACAAAAAUGAAAAAUAUCUCAUAUUAGAAAAAUAUCAGAACAAAUUAUAUUUAGAUUUGGCUAAUUUUUGUGCUUUCUGUUCUUACUCCGUAAUGGAUUCUGAUGGAAGGGUUUUAGUAUUAAGCUAAGACUGUGAGGAUACUUAAUAAGGAUCUAUCUCUUCAAACAAGAGGUCAGGUUCUUCAAUCAUUUAGUCUGCAUAGCCUAGUACAUUGACAGAAUAAAGUGAAGGAAUUGAGGUAAUAGUCAAAUUCAAUGUCUGCUUUAUUGAUAUUUCUGCCACAUGUACAGUACAUACGUAUAGAAGAUUGAAAUUGCGUUUUUCAGACCCAUGGUGCAUACAAAUAACACGUUACAACAGUGAUUUCAUAUUUAAGGUACAGUAUUUCAGUCUCUUUUAAGGACAGAGAGAGUCCACAUGGCUCCUCCCUCAGUGUUAGUGAAAACAUUCCAGCCAGCGAAUUUGAAACCCUGUAAGUCCCUGUUACUGGUCCCUUCUGCUUCUGAGAACACACGCUUAUUACACGGCAAGAAAUCUCCACAUCCAGCUGCUCCACAUCAGCCUCUCAGAGUUCUCAAUGUACUCUUGAUUUGUGGAGUACCUGAAAGUGUUUCUCAUCCAAACUUACCAUGAAAGCCACCGUAUUCUUCAUUUUCUUCACCAUUUUGACUCAGGUCAGAGGCCAGUACUACCAGGGCCUUAUGAACUACCUGGAAAGUAGGAUGCUUGCUAUGGAGGAACGUAUUGCAAUGUGGCACGAACAAAACAGCCGUUACAACUCCGACCUGAAGGAAUUCAGACAGCAAGCUGCAGACCUGUUGGAAAAGUUGACCAAGGAGGACAAUAAACUGCGUUUGGACAUGGAGGCUGCAGGAGCACGGGUGGACCGAGUGGAAAGAGAGAUGGACUACAUUGAAACCAAGAAUCCCCCCAGGCCGUGUGUUAAAGCUGCAGCCAAAAUGGUGGAACAGGAUGUGGUUGUCAGAGAGAGGAAGAAGGAAGAGUUCUUUGAGAUUUCGGUGUGCGUUAACAUCGUGUCCAGUAUUCGAGGAAUGAAGAUUCUCAAGAGGCUCGGGAGUCCCAAAGGUGUAUGGACCAAAGAUGCCAGAUCAGCAAAAGUCUACGUCUUCAACAGCACGUCUGACAACACGCUGUAUGAGUUCAGCUCCGUACGAGAGCUUUCGGCCUCAUCAGGUGUAUCUAACGGCAGACAGAUCACCCUUCCCUCUGCCUGGAACGGGACUGGACAUGCAGUGUUCGACGGCUUCCUCUACUACAUCAGCGAGAGCUCGGAGAUCCAAGUUAUGAAAUAUGAUUUUAAGAACGGUUCAAUCGCAGACAGCACAGUUUUUCCCAAGGAGAGCAACAGCCCUGUGUACAGCCUUAAUCCAGAGACCCUGGUGGACCUGAUAGCAGAUGAGGAUGGCCUUUGGGCCUUGUAUCCUUCCGGGGAUACCAUUAGUGUAGCUAAGAUGGACUCAGACUCUCUAGAUAUAGAGCAGAUGUGGGACACAGCUUGCCCGAGAAACAACGCCGAAGCGGCUUUUAUUGUCUGCGGCACAGUCUUCGUGGUUUAUAACACUAAGCCACCGAGCCGCUCGCGGGUGCAGUGUGUGUUUGAUGUGAAUGAUAUGGUAAGCAGCGGCGAGGCCCCUCUUGUUUAUUUCCCCAGACGGUACGGGGCUCAUUCCAGCCUCAAAUACAAUCCGGAGGAGCGGCAGCUUUAUGCGUGGGAUGAUGGGUACCAGAUUAUUUAUAAAUUAGCCCUGAAGAAGAAGCUAUGGGCAACUAUGCCACCGCCUGAGGAAUAGAACGUGUGCUUUUGGAGAUCUGAAAGGGCUUUAAAAUUCAGGCUACAAAAGCCUUUACCUUUAUCAGCACACAGAUAUAUUGCUUCAGUUGCACAUUUUAUUAAAAAAGAUGAGAUAAUAUU